AUGCAUUAUUACAUAUAUGGAACAUCACCUAAAGAAUACAAUGAUCUAAAUUCUGAUGUUGAGUCAUCUGAGUUCAUAAAAGUAUCUAAUAAUAAUUUGCGUGCUGAGAUAGUUAUUACAGUACAUGAAUCUAUGUCCAAUCUAAGGGAGUUCAUAAAUUCUGAGAUGGUUGAAAGUUCUUUUGACUAUAAUGAUUGUAUUUCAAGUGUUCCAGGUUUAUGUUAUAAAGAUAUAGCUGUUGGCACAUAUUUUUCGGAUGUAAUAUCUUUCAAGCAUACUUUGCGAUCAGUUGCCAUCAAAGAGAACUUUGGUGUUAGGAUUAAGGCUAGUGAUAAGAAACGUGUUAUUGCUACAUGUUCUUAUCAAAGUUGCCAAUGGAGAAUUAGAGCUUCCCUAUGUGAAGAUGCUCAAACUUUUGAAGUUAGAAGAGUUGAUGGUGUUCACACAUGUCCAGGCAUCAACCGUGCUGGGAAUAGACUAGCCACAUCUGCAUGGGUUGCGAAAGAGAUUCAAGAGAUGGUCAAAAGGAAUCCUGACGUUCCUCCAAAAGAUAUCAAUAGCAAUUUAGAGAAAGAGUAUGGUCUUUCAUUACCUUACAUGAAGUUGUGGAGGUCUAGGGAGCAAGCUCGUGAAAGUAUAUUUGGCUCUGUUGAUGAUAAUUAUAAAUGGGUGCCUUCACUACAUGUUGAAUUGAUUGGUAGAAAUCCUGGUUCACAUAUCACAUAUAUGUUUGACCAACAUGACAAUUCAUUUCAGAGAUUUUAUGUAAGUUUUAAGGUGUGCACAGAUGAAUUCAUGUAUGGUUGCAGGCCGCUAAUUAGUUUGGAUGCAUGCCACCUCAAAUCCAAGCACUUAGGCAUGCUUUUAUCAGCAACCUCACUUGAUGGUAAUAACGGUUUAUUUCCUUUAGCCUUUGCUGUUGUUGAAACUGAAUCUAAGCAGACAUGGUUUUUGUUCCUUCAAAACUUGGGAGAAAGCAUUGGUACACACAUAGUACCUCUUGCAUUCAUUUCAGAUAUGGAGAAGGGCUUGGGCGAGGCUAUUAAAGAUGUGUACCCUGCAGCUGAGCAUAGAAUUUGUAUUCGUCAUUUAUGGAAGAAUAUUAAAAAAAAAAUUCAUUGUAAAGAUGGGCAUAAACUGCAAGGUUUGGUUUGGGGAGCAUCUAAUGCAUACACAACGACAGAGUACAAUGACAAGCUCGUUGAAUUAAGUGUAUCAUACCCCACCGUCUAUGCGUACCUUAUCUCAUUACCUUACAAGUGGUCACGAAGUCAGUUUAUGUAUGGGAUAUACCACGGUACAAAUACCAAUAACUUUGCUGAAUCAUUCAAUGCUUGGAUAAUGGAGGCAAGAAAUAAACCUGUUGUUGACUUAAUUGACAUGAUUCGUGGUAAACUCAUGGAACAAAGGGCUACACGGAUGAAGGAGCAUCCACUAUGGCAUACAUACAAUCAUGAAUACUUCUACGUGCACCGCUACACUAAUUCCAAGAUAUUUAGAUACAGGAUGGCAUACGAUGGAGCCAUUGGCAUGUUACCUGGGAAGGACCAAUGGCAAGUGAUUCACGAUGCUGUUGAGAUUGGAGUGCCAAAUACAUCAAGGCCUAGAGGAAGACCCAAAAGAAGAAGAUUGCCUAAUUUUCUGGAAAAGGACAAGAAAAAAAAGCUCACAGAAUUCGUUUCUAUUCCAGUGAAUUCGUUUCUAUUCGGUGAAUUCGAAUUCGUUGCACAGAUUUCGGUUUCAAAAAGAUUCGGCUCACAGAAUUCGGGUUUCACAGAAUUCGGAUUGUGCAGUACUAGGUUCACAGAUUUCUUUCACAGAAUUCGGGUUUCACAGAAUUUGAUUCAAGAAUUUGGUUCCAGAAUUAGGAUUUCAGUGAUUUCGGUGCAGUACUCGGUUCACAGAUUUCCCAGAUUUGCUGUUUAA